ACAGAGUAGCCUAGUCAAGAGUUGUCAUUCGACUUUUGUCAUGUCAAGUAGUUCUGUCUCCUCCGUAUAUGAAAACUUUCUCAGUCUGAUUUUCCUGCGCGAGACAACUAAUCUGUCACUCAGAAAAUCUUAAAAUUCCUUAAAUUUUCGUUUGGUUUUUCCAAUUCUGCUUGUCGAUACGACCAUGUCGACCUACGCUCCGUUCAUCAAGCCACAAGUGGAGUACAACGAGCACGGCUGGGGUCCGUGCGAGGUGCCGGAAAUGGAUGUGCCUUACCAGCCGUUCUGCAAGGGCGACCGCCUGGGCAAGAUUUGCGAUUGGACUGUGCCGCCGCAGGAGAGGAAGUUCGCCAACAAGUAUGCCUCUUCCUUCGGCAACAGCGGUCAGUACGCGUACUUCCAUGAGGACGACGAUACCACCUUCCACCUGGUGGACACCACUGGCUCCCGAUCCCAGAAGCCCUACCAGCGCGGUCGCUUUCGCCCCAACAUGCGCAGCAAUGCUCGCGGGGGCAGAGGUCGCACAGGACGUGGAAACGGUCCUGCGGGCAUGGGCGGCGGUCCGACGGCAGGUGGCGGCACUGGGAAUAGUACGAAAUACGGGAAGGCUCGGGACACGCGCCGCUUCCAGGGCCGCCGUUUCGGCCGGAAUGCCCCCUCCAGACUUCGAGAGAGCUCAGUCGUUGUGCGCUCCGAAUGGGUAUCUGUCGAGGAGCUCGACUUUUCACGCCUCCUCAAGCUGUCGUUGCCAAAUGUCAAGGAGGGCCUGGACAUCGUGACCUGCGGCUCUCUGGAAUACUAUGACAAGGUCUACGAUCGGAUCAACCUGCGCAAUGAGCGGGCUCUGCUGAAGAUGGACUGCAUUGUCCACACGGUGUCCACCACCGAUGAUCCGGUGAUACGUCGCCUCUCGAGGACCAUGGGCAACGUCUUCGCCACCGACGAGAUUCUGGCCACCAUCAUGUGCUGCACUCGCUCGAUUUACUCCUGGGACGUGGUCAUUGAGAAGCUGGGCACAAAGGUUUUCCUCGACAAACGGGACAACGCACGCUUCGACUUGCUGACGGUGAACGAGACCUCAAUGGAUCCGCCGAUGGACGAGGAAGGCUCCAUUAACUCGGCACACAGCCUGGCCACAGAGGCUACGCUCAUCAACCAUAAUUUCGGGCAGCAGGUUCUGCGCAGCGGCGAUCAGGAACCGCGCUUUAAAUUUGACGAGCCGAAUCCGUUCCAGGAGCCAGGCGUUCAGCUGGCCCCUCUGGGCUACCGCUACCGCCAGUGGGAUCUGGGCAACGGGAUUGUAUUGGUCGCCCGCUGCAAGCACAAUGGGGUGAUCCAGGGGCCCAGCGGCGAGAUGCAGUUCCUCUCGAUUAAGGCCCUCAACGAGUGGGAUUCGAAGGCGGCCAACAGCGUGGAGUGGCGCCAGAAGCUAGACACGCAACGCGGCGCCGUUCUGGCCUCCGAACUGCGGAACAACGCCUGCAAGCUAGCCCGCUGGACCGUCGAGGCGGUGCUGGCCGGGUCCGACCAGCUUAAGCUGGGCUACGUGUCAAGGGUGAGCCCGCGGGACCACCUCCGGCACGUGAUACUGGGCACGCAGCAGUUCAAGCCGCAGGAGUUUGCCACGCAGAUUAACCUCAACAUGGACAAUGCCUGGGGCAUCCUUCGCUGCCUGGUCGACCUGGUGAUGAAGCAGCCGGACGGCAAGUAUCUCAUCGUGAAGGAUCCCAACAAGCCAAUGGUCCGUCUGUACGACAUACCGGAGAACACCUUUGACUCGGACUCGGACGACGAGGACGACUCCAGCGAAACCGUCGGCAACUCUACAGAAAUCUAGGGAAUAAUAGUAAUUCUCUUAUUCAUUCAUCGAUUCUUUCAAAUAAACGAAUAAAUCUAAUAGUAUGAAUAAAGGGACCCGUUGACAGGCGACACAUGCCGCAGUGACGGGCGCAACGCAAAUGCAA